CGAUCAUGGGUUCGUGUUCUAGAAAUUUGUAUGCAGGAAUAGGUGAAGGGCAAUCAACCACACGAUCACCUCUUUUUGAUGGAACCAAUUAUACAUAUUGGAAAGAACGAAUGAGAAUCUAUAUUCGUUCCACGAACUUCCAAUUAUGGUUGGUUAUCAAAAAUGGGGAAGAGGUGCCGAUGAAGAAAGUUGGCGACAAGUUGAUCCCCAAGACCGAAGACGAGUUUGAUGCCGAGGACAUCAAAAAGGCCGAGAAUUAUGCAAAGGCAAUAAAUAUGCUUUAUUGUGCCGUAAAUCCUGAUGACUACCGCAAGAUCUCCUGCUGCUCAACCGCCAAGGACAUGUGGGAUAAACUUGAGGUGACGUACGAAGGAACGGACCAAGUACGUGAAGCCAAGAUUGACUUCCUCACCCAAGAAUAUGAGAUGUUCAGGAUGAAGGAGCACAAGAAGAUCGACGACAUGUUCGACCGAUUUUCCAAGAUAGUCAACGAUCUUCAUGCAUUGAAGAAGACUUACACCGACAGGGAUCUUGUACGAAAGAUCCUACGGAGCUUGACAUCCGAAUGGCGAUCUAAGGCCGAUGCCAUCUAUGAGUCAAUCGGCACAUCAAAUGUCACCAUCGACAGUUUAAGAGGUAACUUAAAAACCUAUGAAUCUACUAUACUUAACCCGUCUUUGAAUGACCAAAGGAAAGGCAUAGCAUUAAAAGCCUUCAAAGAACCAAUGAUGAAUGACUCAAGCGACGAUGAUGAAGUCAAGCUUGUCAUGAAGAAGUUUUGUAAACUUCUAAGAAAGAAAGAGAAGGUUGAGGAUGGCCCUGUGUGCUAUGGAUGUGGUGAAGCCGGGCACAUCAAGAACAAAUGCCCGAAAAGCGGAAGGAAUGCUCAGCACUUCAAAAGGCAAAGAGCAUACAUCUCCUAGGGUGGAGACUCCGGCGAUGAAUCAAGCGAACAAGAGGAAGAAGAGGAAGCAAAUCUUUGUCUCAUAUCUCAAGAAGAAGAGGAGUCUGCCAACAACAAAAACCAAGAGGUACAUAUUUCUUCUACCGGUUCUUAUUCUUUUGAAGAAAUGCAAGAAGCUCUCCAAGAGCUUUAUGACGAGUUUGUUAGCGCUUCUAAAACCAACAAAGCUUUAAAGAAACGUUUUUCUAAUCU